AUGCCACCAAGUGUUGCUGUCUCCAAACUGCCAUCUCUUCAUCAGCCACGGUCUUUACCGGCUGUCACCAGUAGCUCGGUUACUGGAUCCAAAUUGAUGGCUCCUUCACGAAUAGCUUUACCCAAAAGUAUACCUAGUACACGUGAAGCUCCUCCAUCGCCAUCACCACAGACUAAAACAUCAAGUUUGAGGCCUCCUACUUCAUCAGCAAGUCUUCGAUCACCUUCGCGAGGCUCUGGUAAUAAUAAUGGAUCAGUAACAAGUACAACCAGUAGCACGAUACGUGGAUCUCUAUCAUCCAUAGAUUCCGCAAAAUCUAUUCCAAAACCCUCCUCAACCGUUGUUCGCCGGCCGCCGAGUAUAGAGACGAUUCCGACGCGUUCUUAUGUUAAGCCGCCACAAGAAGUCAAAAAAGCUCCUGUCAUUUCGUCUACCAAAGAAUCAAAAAUGUUGAAACUCAAGCUGUUCGGCAAUAAGGAGAAGAAGGAAAAAACGCCCCAAGCGUCUCCAGCACUCAUUAAAAAGACAGUUGUUACAAAUAAUAUCAGUCCAUCGAAGAUAGCAACACCUAACAAGCCUUCUAUAGAAAUGAAGACGUCCAGAUUAACAAUUCCAUCGAAAAGACAGACUGUCCAAUUACGUCCUAAUCCAGUAGCUUCAUCUAUACUAUCAUCCAAUAACUCAUCUAUAGAGAAUCUAAAGAGGACAUCCAAAAGUAGUGAAGAAGAUUCUGCAUAUGCCGGCUUCGGUAGCACCAGUCCAGCUUCAUCAACUCAGAGUUCCAUCAGCCUACGUUCUGCAUCCACAAAGGAUUCGCGUGAGAUGGUGUGUGAGAAAUCUCCAACUCCACCUCCCCAGAAUGAUUUGAUCAAAACGAAAGCUUCUGAUGCUCAGGAUAAGCCUAUGUUAGCUGUUAAAGCUUUAAAUGUAAACGCUUCCACUUCGAGCUUGCCCACAUCUCGUUUGGCCAAACCAACAAGCAUGUUGUCCUUAAAUAGAGACAAGAAAGCUAUUUCUACGGUUCCGAAAAAUUCUCCAGAAGAGGAGAAGCCAGUUGCUUCGACUAGUAAUGCUUCUACAUUACCUCCGAGCCCAACUGUUGGAAUCGUUAGUCCUAUGCAACAUCGUAAAAACCUAACUGUUGUCCCAACAACCAGAUCUCCAUCUCCAAGCUCUAGCGAUGUCAAGUCUGAAAAAGUGAAACCAGCUCCACCAAUUAGAGGCAACUCAAAGUUGGAAAGUGGCCAAGACAGCGACGUAACUCACAUCAAGGUUCCAGCAAUGGCUCCUGUCCGUCAGCCACCAAGCUACACACAACUUUUGAACGAAGGAAGAUUCCAAAAAUCAAAUAGUCGAUUGGAUUCGUCAACCUCCGAAGAUUCGUUGGAUUCAAUCACAACGACUGUACGUGUACAAGUUCCUCCCACCGGAUAUCGCUCAGAGGGAAAUACGAUGCAUCGCAGAUCUGCAGCCAAAGAAACCACGGGUUAUGCGUCAGAAAGUGGAAUUGCCAUCUAUGAGAAGAUGCAAGAUCGUUUACGGGAAUGUCGAGAAUCAAUGGCACAAGGAGGAUUGUACGACUAUGGCGAUAGUUUGGAAGAUAGUUCAUCACUCUCCAGUGGAAUUUCGGACAACUUUGACGAUAUAUCAACGGAUGAUUUAAGUGGACCUGAUCAUUCAAUGGCUACAGCAACUUAUGGAAAGCCAAAUGAUUAUCAACCAUUCUCACGGAGUGUCCAUUCACGAGGACCACGUAGUUCAUCAACAUCGAUGGAACAUCGUUCACGACGUGUAGCUGAACAAGAAAAUCUACAUCAGCUUCUUCAACAAUGUCGAACCAGCCAACGUGGCAUUGCUGCUGGAAUAACUAAUCCAUUACGAUCACCUGGAUAUAAUACGAUUGGUUUCACUCGCAACGUGGACAGCGACACCUUGUCCGUGCAUUCGCGUGCAUCUGUGUCAUCUUCAGCACGUGAUCCUACAGCAUCGUCACUUUCAUCGGGCUUCCAUUCAUUAGACCGGAAAACGCAUAUGACAGAGUUAUAUGAGAAUAGUCGCAUGUGGACCGAUCGCAACGCUAUGGCUGCCCUAGUAUCACCUCGUCGAAUGCCGCCACAUGUGAAACAUCAACAACAGAAUGAUGAUAGGCUCUCCACAAACGCUUCAUCCCUCCAUACGUCUAGCACCAUGUCACGCUCUAUGGUGAUGCUUGAUGUCAGUUCCUCAUCACCUGCCACACCUCGCAGAAGAACAUCACCGCAUGCAUCUCGAAAUGGACGAAUGCCACUUUCAGUUGCAGCUUGCCCUAUGAAUAACGGUUCAAUCAGUUCUCGAUCUGGUCGUGAAGGAAUAUACUCAACGUAUCGAGAUCCUAUCCAACUUCAUCGGUUAAACGAUGAAGUCAGCCGCAGCCCUUCUCAUUCUAGUAAAGAUCCGAUGGGAUCACACCUCUCCUUGGCUAGCUCAACAGCUUAUUCUACUAUGAACGAAAGAUACGAAGCUGAAAUUCGUAAAAUGAAUAAUGAGCUAGAUGGAUAUCGUCAAACUGUUCAUAAGCUGACAAGAAAACAUGAUGAUUAUAAUCAUCUGAUGGAAGUAUUUGACCAACGUCUAUCAUACUUGGCUCGACAUGUUGAGAAAGCCCAGUUAAAGCCUGAGGAACUAGCUAAGCUUCGCCAAGAAAUCGAGAACUUACGUGAUAUGAGCAACCGGGUUGCCCAAACCGCGGAUGCUAAAAGAACUCUGGAAGGUGCAGGAGAGCUGCUACGUCAACCUUCUUUAGAGUCUGUUGCCUCUAUGGCUAGUCAUCGUUCUUCUAUGAGCUCAUCCAGCAAAAGCAGUAAAACAGACAAACUCUCUUUGAAUAGCUUCGGAGCAAAAUCAAAGAAAAGCUGGACAAAUAGUAUGGAUGCACAGAUUCGUUCUUCAUUCACCAAAGCCUUCUCCAAAAAGAAGAAUAAGACCUCAGAGAACGAUCAUCUCAACACUAUAAAUGGGUCAUCCACCAGAUUGGAUGAAAUUGAAGUUGUGGAACUCAAGAAACAGUUGGAAGACAGAGAUGAAGCUUUAACCGAUGUCCGCCUCGACGCUCUUGAUAGGGCAAGGGAAGUAGACGUGCUUAGAGAAACAGUGAAUAGGCUAAAAAAUGAAAACAAGCAGCUUAAACAAGACAUGUCCAGACUCUUAUCAACAAGAUCUAGAGCUUCAUCGCAAGUCUCACUAGCGAUGAAUGACGAAGAGCCUCUAUACGAAAUUCCUCCAGCAUCUUCAAGCUCUGCUAGCCAGUCGAGUAAACGUUCAUCAGGAUGCAACUCUGUAAAAGUGACUGUGAACGUUGAUAUGCGUGGAGUUAUAAGCUCUGCGAUUUGCCCUGAUAACGAAAUCAUCAUCGGUUUCUUGGCGAUCCCUGCUAAGUACUCUACAUGGCAGGAACUUGAUCAGCAAAUAUAUACCUUGUUCGAUGCAUACAUAAGCCGCAUCGAUCCAGAUCGACUAUUGGGCUUACACUGCUCUGACAGUCUCAUCGGUUAUCAAAUUGGCAAUGUCAUCAGAGAAAAAGAAGGCUCCUUGCCGGACUCUCACCCUGCCGAUGUGAUCUCUCCAACCACAACAAUCAGACUGUUCAUGCGUGGUGCAGCUCAACAAUCUCUAGAUUCACUCGUCCUAGAAUGUCUCUUCCCAAGGUCCAUGCUAGAACAACUGCUUCAGUUCCUGCUCACUCAUAGAAGACUUGUGCUCUCGGGUGCAACAGGGAUCGGCAAAAGCAAUUUAGCCAGACAGUUGGCUUCUUACUUGUCUGUUCGCAUUGGACUUCCACAAGAUGGAGUUCAAGAUAUCAAAGUGCCUGAUGAUACCAAUGGCAAAGACAUAGUUGAAGUUGAACAACAACUAGAGAAGCUACUGAGGGGUGAUGCAAACGUCGUGGUGUUGAUGGAUAAUAUACCUCGUCACCGAAUCGCCUUCGUAUCAUCAGUUUUCUCAACAGCUGAAUUGGGAGUAAAUGAUGGACCAUUCGUUAUUUGCACAGUGAAUAGAGCAUGUCAACUGCCUGAAAUGCAAGUCCAUCACAACUUCAAACUGUUUUUGCUCACUAAUAGGAUGGAUGGAGUAAAAGGCUUCAUGGCCAGAUUCCUACGCCGACGUAUAAUUGAGGCUGAGUUUAGACUAUCCCGACAAACUCCUCAAGAGCUCAUUAGAGUUAUACAAUUCCUUCCUAUAGUUCUCCAAGCCGUGAACACUUUCAUAGAAAAGGCUAAUUCCUUGGAUGUUACUGUUGGCCCUCGAAUAUUCCUCCAAUGCCCAUUAGGUAUCGAAGAAUCGCGCCUGUGGUUCGUUCGAUUAUGGAAUGAUAACAUUGUUCCGUACAUGGUACGAGUUGCUCGAGAAGGAGUUAAAUUCCUUGGCCGUUGUGGUUCAUUCGAAGACCCAACUGAUGUGGCCUGCGAACAUUGGCCCUGGAUUGAAGGACCGGGAGGGGAAGAAGUCCUCACACGAUUAUCAAUUAAGGAUAUAGGACAGGGAGCCAAACAACCAUUCAAUCCUUUGGAUACAUUGAUUCGUCUUCAAGCUAGUCGUAAUUCAGCAAUUGAGAACAUUUAA